UUCAGUACAUUAACAGUCAUAUUUAUUUUAAUUUUAUUUUACUAUAUUCUGUGGUUAUUUCAAGUUUCUUUUAAUCUUAUGCCCAAUUUUAUUUAUUUUAUUACCUUUAAUUUCAUGAUGGUCUGGCUUGUCGCAAAACGCUUUAGAAUUGUACAAGAAUUCGAUGCUUGGGCGUACCGGGUAGAAUUUUAUCAAAUUUGGGCACCUAGCCCACCAAAUGUUCAAACGAUGUAUGGAGUGAACCAUUUUUAUGUUUGUGGAGUUAGUUUUAUUUUUUAA